AUUAGUAAUCGACCUGGUCAAGCUUUGCCUUCGAACAGUCUUCUGUAAACCAUGGCCUCUAAUAAACAGCCCGAAGAUGAAGACAACAACGCGCACGUCGGUCUGUUCAGGCGAUCAUGGACUGCAUUUUUUCCGUUCUCUUCAUCCGCGCUGGCAUCUCUCCCCGAAAACACCCAAAGGCCUAUUCGCUACACGAGAGAAGAUGAUAUCCCAGACGUGAACCACGACGUUGACGGUCAAAGGCCCACCAUCAGAGAUUACAACGCCAUCAAUUCAGUACCGCCCCAGAUACGAGUUCCGAAGAAAGUGGCGACGUCUUUGAAGAUUGAGGGAAAGGUAUGGUUUGCCAAUGAAAGGACAUGGAUAUCUUGGCUGAACCUUGCUGUCUUAUUGGGAACAUUGGCGCUUGCCCUCUUCAAUGCGUCCAAAGACCCGGUGGCUCGGAACUUCGCAUAUACUUAUGCCUUGAUCAGCAUUGGUGUAUUGGUCUACGGUUUUGUAAUCUAUCAGAAUAGGAUUACGAUGAUUCGCAAACGCGAUCCUGGGCACUAUGACCAAAUCGUUGGACCUGUCCUUAUCAGCGCACUUCUGUUCUUCGCAGUCCUGUUCAAUUUCGUGAUUCGAGUGCGCGAGCUACAAUCAAAAGAGGUCCCUAUCCCUGGUCUAGAAUUUCUAUACCGCAAUACCAGUGCGCUCAUUAUGUCUGGCAGAGAGUCAUAGCUUCGAUGUAACGAUAACAUCUCUAUU